AUGAACCCAGAAAGUGAUCAAAAUAGUAUCAGCGUCCAGGCGGAUGCUUUUAACGAAUCCAUUGCCGACCGGGUCGGUGUACUAGAAACGGAUCACCCGCUGUUGGAAAGAUUCCAGGCGGCUCUGAAGGCUCACCUGGUGAAGGUUAAAGAUCAGUUGGAGGAGGAGGUGGCCGAGCUGAACCAUCGUCUGGAGCAAAAUGAAAAGGAAUCCGAAGAGGUCGGCGCAGAACUGUACGAUUUGCAGGAGGAAAUCGAUAACCAGAAGGAGCUUCUCGAAAUUUACGGUAAAGAAAUUUUGGAACUCUCCAUUCGGCGUCAGGAGGAAGAAAAGCAAGCAGCCAAGUACCGGAAGGAGUACGAAGAGCACAUGGUGACGAUGAAGGAGUUUCACAGAACCCACAAGGAGCACCUGAUGGAGCUGGAAAAUCUGACCGUGCUGGAGAGUGAGUUCGCCAAAUGGGCACAGGAGAUCAAGGACGAGAUUGCGGUGGCGAAACGGGUCGCUAGCAAGGACGCGAAAGAUCGUCUCGCCGCGGCAGACGAGAAACGAAAGAUGGAUUUGCUCGUGCUCAACCUCGGCAACGAGGUCAAACGGAAGGACCACGAGUUAGAAGCGAUCGAGGAUCAAAUCAAGGAGCAGGAUGAAAAACGGGAGACGAUUUGCCGCAGCCUUGCCGACGCCAAUUCCGAUCUCGAGGCGUUGCAGCACGAGCACAAGCGUGUAUCCCAGGCAUGGGGUGAAGUAAUAGUGGCCAUUCAGCAACGCGACCGGGUGCUGGUUAAGACCAAAGACGAACUGGAAUCGAUUUACGAGGAACAUAAAGUGAUUAGAAGCAAAACGGAAAUCACCAAAAAGGCAGCCGCGAAGGAAAUGGAGCAGAACGAAAAGUUGGCCGGAUUCAAGAAUCGCAUCCAGGGCGAUAUCUUUUCACUGGAGAAGCAGGUACGCAAAGAGCAGGAGGACGAGGACAAGCUGAAGCGUGAUCUCGACCACUACGCCCUGAUUCUGGAGCAAACGGAAGCGGACAUACUGAAAGCGCAGCAGGAAGGUUUGUUGAUCGAGAAUCACCUGAAGUCUCUUCGGCAAACGCUGGAGAAACAGAACCGCAAGAAGUUCGAGCUGGAGGAACAGAUCCUUGAACUGCUGCAAGACCAGCUGACCACCGACAAGGCGGGGCAGUCGCAAGGAAAGCUUCUGCAGAGUACGAAAGAAAAGCGGGACGAACUUGACAUCUCCAUGACGAGCACGGAGAACCAGCUGUCGGAGGUGUUGUUGGAGUUGGAAAAAUGGCGUGCAAUCGUAGAAAACUCCAAGGAAGUCCUUAAGGAGGCAAAGGAAGAACACGACAAAAUGGAUGCAGAGGCGAACAAGGUCAACGAAGAUAUCAAGCUGGUAAAGGAAACAAUUGCGGCGAAGCUGCGCAAAAUAGACACGCUGAACCGCGAACUGGAGCAGUUGAUCACCAAAGCGGGCGGCCAGGAGAUGAAUCCGGACGAGUUGAAGCUGCUCGACGUCCAGCAAGACAUCGUCGAGAUGGACGGUAAGAUCAAGGAGGCCGAAGCGUCAUGGUUGAAGCUUCAAUCGAGCGUAAAAGCGUUAUCGGAGAAACGCUCGCAGCAGCUGGAUGAGAUUAAUUACUCCAGAAAGAAGCUGCUGCUCGCGGAACAGAAAGCGAUCAAGAUCGAGUCCCAGCUCGAGGAGGUGAUGAAUGAAAACCGGGAGAUUGUGCGUUCACUAGCGGCUCUCAACACUCGGCUCGAUAACGCCAGCCUGGAUCUGUUCAAGACGCGCCGGGUGCACGAGAAAGAGGAACAGGAAUGCGAGGUGGCGCACCAUCAGGCGACGGAACGGCUGCGGGAAGCCGAGAUGGCUGUGCUGAAUCUGGAGCAGGAACUGAAGGACCUCGGCAAGGAGAUCGACGAGUGCAAGCAGGAGGUACUGGAGAAACACCGCGAGGCACUGUCGUGGGAAACGAAGUGUAAAAUGUCGGCCGAGGCUAAAAAGUUCCGCGACGAGGAAACAACACAAAACAGCGAGAUCGGCAUCAUGAAGGCGGAAAUUCAUCGUAUGCAGGUCCGCUUUGGGCAGCUGAAACGCCUGCAGGAGAAGCUGGUACAUGACCUAGAGAACACGGUCCAGCACCGGGAAAACAUCUUUGAGUCGGUCAACGCACGGGAGAAGGUGUUUGGAGGGAAGUUUAAGACUCGCUCCACCAUGCAGCACAAGAUCAACGAGUUGAAAAAUAAAAUGAAGGUCGUUUUUUCGGAAAUUUCCCAGGCGGAAAAGAGUCUUAUCGAGAUCGAUACCGCCCAGAAGCUGCUGCAGGCUGAGAUAGAAAACAAGAAGCACCAGAUCGAGGAGGAAAAGCUGCAGACGAACCUCAUCCGGGCGGAAACGGAACAGGCGUCGUUACUGAAGCAGGAAAAUUUGGACUACAUCGUCCGUCAUCAGUACCGUGCGCGGCGCUAUCGAGCCCUCGCGAACGCACAGCAACUUCCAAAGUUUCGCAACGAAAUACUUAUUCAGGCGGACUUGCAGCGUCAGCGAGAGGUGAACGAGAACAUCGUGGCGGUAGUAGAAACGCUUCAGCAGGACUUUCCAGUGCAGAAGUUUAACCUCAAUAAGAUUCUUCAGUCGUUGAAGUGA